UUUUUUUUCAAUAAUGGAACAAGUGAUAGCAAAAGAAAAAUUCUAUUCUGUCAGCUGGACAAGUUUUUACAGUGAAGACUUUUUGUUGCUCAUCCAAGCAGCUUCUUCAUCAGUUCAAUAUUAAAAAUUUUGCAGAUAUUUUGACAGAUUUUUUUCCCUCCCUGCCCCAGUGUCUGUGUCCAUGUGUCAGUUCCAUUUUGUGUCAGACGCAUGUGGAGGAUGGGAGGGCAUCUGAGACAUGGAUACAUAGAAGGAUGGGAGGGCAUCUGACACACUGGGGUAUAGAAGGAUGGGGGGGCAUGUGUUACUCAGGGAUACAGGAGGAUGGAUGGGGGUGAGUGGCAUCGAGGUAUUGUUUCAUCGAACCACAAGAUGGCACUCUCGCCUUUUCUUAAAAUCCUUUCAAUGAUUAUUUAAAUGUGUGAUUUUAAUGAAAUAGACUAUGUAGAAAAAAACAAACAAAAAACAAACCAAAAAAGUAAACAUUAAAAAAAGAAAAAAAGAAAUGCCUUUGGACUAAAAACGUGUAUGUCUCGUGUUUUCUGAGUCUGUCCUCCCAGCAUGUCUCUUCUGGUUUUUCUGGUUUCCGUUUCUUUUUUGUUUCGUUUCCUCUGAGUCGCCCACACAAGAUUUGGUUCACUUUGUCACAUCCUGUGCUGACUGUUCUGUUCUGGACAAACAUGUCCAGUUCAGAUGAAGACAAAGAAGGUCUUUCAAAUCCUGAACGACCGAGAUCUCCGGUUACUUCUGAGGAUUCCUUCAAAACAGACGACGGAGAUUUGGAUUGGCCCCAUUGUUUGGGGAUGGAGGCUGACAGCUCGGAGAGGUCUUGUCUAUCUUUAAAGAGUGAUUUCUCAAAAGAUGUUCCCCUGAAUUUCAAACAACAGGAUUUAGAUGAAGGGAUGGAGGCUGACAGCUCGGAGAGGUCUUGUCUAUCUUUAAAGAGUGAUUUCUCAAAAGAUGUUCCCCUGAAUUUCAAACAGCAGGAUUUAGAUGAAGGUGAACAGAUGCCAAGCGUUUCCAGGGCCCCAGACCCCUUUUCAGAAAUGGACUCUGUAUUUGAGGCUCUUCAUAUGUCCCUUCUUAAUUUUAUGCGCUCGGAGCUGAAGAGGUUGAGGGAGGUUGCGAGUGCAAACUGUAUGGACUGUUUUAAGAAAGCUGAAGAAGCAGAGCUGGACGAGUGGGAAAGGCCCAAAGAAGCUUUCCUGGACAUAACUCUGCAUCUCCUCAGGAACAUGAAGCAGGGCGCACUGGCAGAUUCUCUCAAGAACAAACUUCUUGCUCCUGUGUGCCAGUGCCAGCUCAAGUCCAGAUUCAAGGCCAACUUUCAGAUGGUGUUUGAGGGAAUUCAAGAAACAGGAAAAGCAUCUCAUUUGGAUGAAAUCUACACAGAGCUGUACCUCACAGAAGGAGACUCUAAAAUGAAUGAGGAACAUGAAGUAACACAAAUCCAACUAAAACAAACCAAACGAACCAUCAGGACUCUCAAAUGUUCAGACCUCUUCAUCGCUGCUCCAGUAGGACAGAGGAACAGAGCCGUGCUGACGAAGGGCGUGGCUGGUGUGGGGAAAACCCUCCUGACGCAGAGAUUCAGUCUGGACUGGGCUGAGGCCAAGAGCCACCAGGAUCUGCACUUCAUCUUCCCCUUCACCUUCAGAGAGCUGAACCUCCUGAAAGAGGAGAGCCUCAGCCUGUAUGGGCUCAUAGGACAUUUCUUCACUGAAACAAACCACGGCGUUUGCAGGUUUGAAGAGUUUCAGUGUCUGUUCAUACUGGACGGUUUAGAUGAGAGCCGUCUGCAGCUGGACUUCUCCAAAACUCCGUCCGUCUCAGACGUGAGAGAGAAAACCUCCAUAGAAACUCUCCUGGUCAACCUGAUCAGAGGCACACUGCUUCCUUCUGCCCAAAUAUGGAUCACCACACGCCCCGCAGCAGCCAAUCAGAUCCCAGCAGAGUGCGUCGGCAUGGUGACGGAAGUUGGAGGAUUCACAGAUGCACAGAAAGAAAUGUAUUUUAGGAAGAAAUUCAGAGAUGAAGAUGAAGCGUCUAAGGUCGUGUCUCAUGUGAAAGCCUCACGCAGCGUCUACAGCCUCUGCUACAUCCCAGUCUUCUCCUGGAUCACUGCCAAAGUCAUGGACUAUGUCCUCCGAACUGGAGGCGGACAGCUGCCCCAGACCCUGACAGAGCUGUACAUUCACUUCCUGGUCGUCCAGGCUAAAAUCUCUAAUGUGAAAUACAAAGAUCAGUCUGAGAGAGACUUUAUCUGGAGCUCAGAAAGAAAGAAAAAUCUGAUGGUUUUGUCCAGACUGGCCUUUGAGCAGCUGCAGAAGGGAAACCUGAUCUUCUAUGAGUCUGACCUGAGCGAGUGUGGCAUCGACGUGACAGAGGCGUCAGUGCAUUCAGGAGUCUUCACUCAGAUGUUUAAAGAAGAGACUGGCCUGUACCAGGACAAGGUCUUCUCCUUUGUACAUUUGAGCAUCCAGGAGUUUCUGGCAGCUCUUCACGUUCACAUCACUUUUAUGGACUCUGAGGUCAACCUGCUCUCAGAUAAACCGUCUUUCUGGUCCAAAAUGUUUUAUAGCAAAACUUCCAUGAUACAGUUUUACAGAACAGCAGUGGACACAGCUUUGGAGAGUCCAAAUGGACUGUUGGACCUGUUCCUGAGAUUCCUUCUGGGUUUGUCUCUUGAAUGUAACCAGAGUCUCCUCAGAGGGCUGAUGAAACCAACAGGAAGUUCACAGAUAAAACAGGAAACAGCCCAAUAUCUGAGAGCUAAGUUAGACUCAGGUCUGUCAGUGGAGAGGAACCUGACUCUGCUGCAGUGUCUGAUUGAGCUGAAGGACACAAGUCUCUGUGAGAAGGUCCAGGCCUGUCUCAGCUCUGAGAAGAUUCCCUCAGACCUGUCUCCUGCCCAGUGGAGCACACUGGUGUGCAUCUUAGUGUCCACAGAAGAACCAGAGUUUGACUUGAGUAAAUACCAACCGUCAGAGACUGCUCUGCUCCACCUGAUGCCUGUUGUCAGUCUGUCCUCCAAAGUUCUGCUGAGUGGGUGUGGUGUGUCAGACAGAGGCUGUGAGGCCCUGGCCUCAGUGCUCGGCUCUCAGUGCUGUUUGAGGGAUCUGGACCUCAGUCAGAAUCCUCUGCAGGACUCUGGGCUGCUCCUGCUCUGUGAGGGUCUGAAGAGGUCGGACUGUGCUCUGCAAACACUCAGGCUGAGUUUCUGUGAUCUUUUUCCUCGUUCUUGUGAGGCUCUGGCCUCUGUCCUGGACUCAGAGAAAAACAGUCUGAUGGAGCUGGACCUAAGCAACAACGAUCUUCAGGACUCAGGGGUCAAGACUCUGAGCAGCGCCCUGAAGAGCCCCCGCUGUAAACUGGAGACGCUCAGGUCAGGUCAACUAACAGCUAACAUAGACCUAACUUCUAUCAUAGAGUCACAGACGUCCCUAUUUAUCUGGGACAGUCCCAGUUUUGAUCCCUGUGUCCCCUGUCCCAGCAGAUUUAUACAAAACCUUGAACCAGAAACUAAUUUUAUACUAGAAAUGUUCCAGGUGUAGGGAUGCAAUGAUACUCAUACCAGUAUCAUACCAGUACUCAUAGUCGUCAAUGGGCUGCCGAUUUCUUCCACUUAUCCGGGGCCGGGUCGCAGUCUAAGCAGGGACUCUCAGACACGUCCUCCAGCUCCUCCGGGGGAAUCCCGAGGUGUUCCCAGGCCAGCCCAGAGACUUAGUCCCUCCAGCGUGUCCUGGGUCUUCCGGGGCCUCCUCCCGGUGGGACAUGCCCGGAACACCUCCCGACAGAGGCGCCCAGGAGGCAUCCGGAACAGAUGCCCGAGUCACCUCAACUGGCUCCUCUCGACGUGGAGGAGCAGCGGCUCUACUCUGAGCUCCUCCCGUGUGACUGAGCUCCUCACCCUGUCUCUAAGGGAGCGCCCAGACACCCUGCUGAGGAAACUGAUUUCGAGCUCUUGUAUCCGCGAUCUUGUCCUUUCGGUCACUACCUAGAGCUCAUGACCAUAGGUGAGAGUAGGAACGAAGACUGACCGGUAAAUCGAGAGCUUUGCCUUUUGACUCAGUUCCCUCUUCACCACAACGGUCCGAUACAGCGACCGCAUCACUGCCGAAGCUGCACCGAUCCACCUGUCAAUCUCACGCUCCAUCCUCCCCUCACUCGUGAACAAGACCCCGAGAUACUUGAACUCCUCCACUUGAGGCAGGGACUCUACACCCACCUGGAGAGGGCAAGACACCUUUUUCCGGUCGAGAACCAUGGCCUCGGAUUUGGAAGAGCUGAUCUUCAUACCAGCCGCUUCACACUCGGCUGCAAACCGCCCCAGUGCACAUUGCAGGUCCUAGUUUGAUG